GUUUAAGGGAAACUGAACUACGUUUCCCAAGAUGCCCCGCCGUUCGUUAAAGCUUGAAUGGCCGACCGCGGAGGCCUCUGGGAUUUGAAUGCUGAAACAGGCGGAGGGAGAAAUCCUGGACCGCAGAGCGAGGAGGCUAACCUACGCAGAAAUGCUCAGUGAAAGCAAAACAGGGCUUCCUUUCAGAGGAAUUAGAUGUUAAAAUGCCAUCCUGACGACGAGCUGCGACUUCUGGUUUUUGCCUGCAGGAAGUUCCAGAUUCAAUUUUCAGCCCUGCAGGUGGUUAGGAAAAAACUCUUCCCGACAAACCGCAGGCGUCGCAGUCAAGAGCAGCGUUCCUACAUGUCAAAAUCCCGAACUUGCCACUUACGACGAAGCCCAAGCAAAUUGGGACACGAUCGCACUUCGUGUUACCUAGUGAUUUCCGAGCCAAAGGCAGCCAAAGCUGAUUGUGUGUAUUUGUGUGGACUUUUAAAAAACAACAACAUUUCUUAUCAGAAUUUUAAGGGACACGGUGGCUCAGUGGCUAAGACGCUGAGCUUGUCGAUCAGAAAGGUCGGCAGUUCAGUGGUUCGAAUCCCUUGUGCCGCGUAACGGGGUGAGCUCCCGUGACUUGUCCCAGCUUCUGCCAACCUAGCAGUUCGAAAGCAGCAGAUUCAGAAUGGGGAAGAGGUACUUUUGCGAUUACUGCGACCGGACUUUCCAGGACAAUCUUCACAACAGGAAAAAACACUUGAACGGGGUGCAACAUUUAAGAGCCAAGAAAGUCUGGUACGAUCUCUUUCGAGAUGCUGCAACCAUCUUACAGGAGGAACAGACAAAGAAACCCUGUCGGAAAUUUUUGCAAACAGGCCACUGCGAUUUUGGCUCCAACUGUAGAUUUUCUCACAUGACGGGGGUGGAUCUCGAGAAGCUGAACCUGCAGGUACAAGAGGAGAGGAGAGCGAAAGAGCAGCAGCAGGAUGGCACGGUGCUCCCGAUGGGCACCAUCGAAGAAUGGUUGGAGAAACACGCCAAGCGGCUACGGGCAGCUCAGAGAGACAGUCCUCUUUCUGAAGAAGAAUUGGUUUUCCAAUAUCCACCAGGUUGGCCGCCGGUCCAGGAACUACCACCCUCCCUGAGAGCGCCCCCUCCUGGCGGAUGGAUGAUCCCCCCGGGUCUCCAUUGGGGCUGAGAGUGGCGGGAGAUGAAACGAUUCAGGCUGCAGAUUCUCGGCGUGCAAAACAAGAGAAUUUAGCUGAAGACGUUUCCAGAAAUUCCUGCACCGCCGGCUGAUUUAGAAUUUGCAGGAAGGAUACCGAGACCGAAGCGCGUUCAAGGACCGAACAAACCAAAUAAAUUUAUUUAAAUGGUCUCCGUUAAUUACUCCCAGCGCCAGCGGGCUUCCCUCGAUCUGCGGUGCUGAGCCCGGCGUAGCAAGGACAGUCUCCGAAAUUCAAAUUACUAUAUUUUUUCAGACUAUAAGACGCACCCAGAUUUAGAAGAGGAAAACAACGACAAAAAGUGUUUGGCCUCCACGCAUCCCAUUUUCGGGCCUUUUUUUGGGCCCGUUUUUGAGGCUUUUUUCGGUCCGUUUCUGAGGCAUUUUUCGCCCUGUUUUUUCCCCAAAAAAUGGGCCAAAAAAAGCCUCAAAAACGGGGCCAAAAAAAGAGCGGAGCUUCAGCAAUAUUCGGUCUAUAAGACGCACCGACAUUUUCACCCCGUUUUGGGAGACAAAAAAGUACAUCUUACAGUCCCAAAAAUACGGUAUAAAGAAGUUGCUUUUGAUGGUUUUACUGCGCUGCAAUUUCUCUGUUCCAUGACCCCCAUCCGCAGGAGUUGCUCAAUUUAAGCAUCAGCAAAGGAAAGCUACAUAUUAAUGAGGAUUAAUUCUCUUAACAGGCACUGGGGCACCUGCUAAGGACCAAAGAAUACAUAGAGUAAAUUCUUGUUAUUGCUAGGUAUGGGCUAUAAAAUCACCGCGAGCCGCGAAUCGACAAAUACUGAACUGUCACUUCUAGGAAAAUAUACGGCUUGCUUUCUACGAAUCUCCACUCACAAUAUUUUCCGUCAAAAAUGACCAACCCGCAACCUUAUUUUAAUUGUGUUUCUGUUUAAAGAGAUUCCAUUUAACGUACAUAUUUCUUGUUAAUAAAGUCCUGAGGAAAAAAAAGUUUAAA